AUGGAGCGCUUCACGCAGAACCCCGCCGAGCUGUUGAGCGCCGUCGGCGGCUUCGUCAUUGCCGGCGGUAUCGGCUCGCUCAUCCACCUGACGUUCAGCAGCAUCAUUAUCGGGAUCUACGAGCUGCUCUCCGGCGCCAUCAUCCUCGCGCUCGAGGUCGUCUCGCCCACCGAGCAGCAGAAAGCCCUGGUGCACUCUUACGCAUCGUUCCUGCACUCGUUUAUCGGCCGCGGCGUGUUGUACAUCCUCCUCGGCGUCCUCAUGCUCAACAACUACCUCAUCCUCCAGAUCUGCGGCUCGGUCGUCGCGUUCGUCGGCGUCGUCUACGUCGCCCUCAACUUUGUCCACCUCUUCGAGGCUCCCAGUACCAUGCAGGCCCCGAGCGGCUCGGACCCCGAGGCCCAGCCCGUCUGGCAGGCGCCGACCGAGUAA